AUGGUCAGCAUGCUCUUCGUGUCAGUCACUGGAAGAAGUCCCAUAAGCGUCUCUUCCGGGUCACAGCGGGCCCUUGCCAUCUCUGCGUCUGCCGUGCACAGCACUCUCUUCUGCAUCCCCUUAGAGGCCAGCUUCGUUAAAGACAAGAUCGAUUUCAAAACAGGGUUGGCACGUUGCCACUUCUGCCUCUCAGCAAGAUUCACCACACCUGUGGACAACAGUACAGUCAAGGAAAACAUACUUUUGGACAUCACAAGUUACAGGUUCAUCAAGAGAACACAGGUGCGAGAUCCACCUCAUUACUUCCUCCAAUGUGUGGGAUUAUCUCCAAAUGACACAGGGAAAGACCACAUGCGGCGGCUGAAAGGAAUGCUUGAGGGGGCGAUGGACCUGUACACCUUCAUGAAAUCCAGCAUGACAGGAGUGCCAAUUCUCAGUCUGCAGGGGGCACUGGAUCUCAAGCCCGGAGCAGACCCCCUCCAGAACGAAGCCCUGGUCCAGAUGUGGCUGGAGGUCAAGAUGAAACCACUGCUGAGAUCCGUCACCAGACACUUCCUGUCCUGCCUGAGCACCAAAAACUUCAGCUGCUCCACCUACCAGACCGUGGUGAGGGAGUUAAGCCACCAUUUCUCUGAGAUGAAUCCAGUCAGACAAAAGUGGAUCUACACAUUCUUCAUGUAUCCCUUCCUGUCUGGAGACAGAGUAGCUGGUUGUGUGAAGCCGGAUGAGAGCAGCGAAGAUUGGCUGAUCAAGAAUUUUGGUGCUUUCAGAGCCAUGGCCCGAAUGGAGGACUUCUCAAAACUCAACAUGGUCUUCAGUGGAAUGGAAGUUCUUCAACUGCUCUCCCCAGCACAGAAGGCUGAGCUGCUGUUGAGGCCCGAAGUUGCAAGUUUAGACAACGGCACCUUAACCCUGGUCUUCCACAGUUUGUUGACAGGAGAUACUAGACCUCCACCCACCAUGAGCCCUGGAGGGGGCCACAACUGGACGAACCCAACUUUCUAUCCGGCCAGCCUCUCAUAUGAGCCCCCACACGACAGCCUCACAGAGGUUGCAAGUCGGUUCAUGAUGGCUCUCAGACCUGUUGGAAGCUUCGUUCAUGACUUUGUGUCUUUCACACAUCAGAGGAACAUGUCAGAAAUAAGAAGCGCCACCCUGACCCAGUUUCUGCUCAACUGGACUCUGUCUGAGCUGGCAGACUUGUACCAGCCGCACAACACAUCUGUAGUUCCAGAAAUGUUAGAGUUUGAUGUGACGAAUGUGGAGGACUGGUAUCAGCACGUUGUGAUGCCGGUGUUACGCAGGUUCUUGCCAGACGACCAGGCCCUGAUGCAUAGAAACAUCACACUCGCCUUCCACGAAGUUUUCUAUUUGGAUCAUGGUAUGAAAAAUGAAAAUGAAACAGAAAUCGAGGACGUCUGUAGCAUCACCCUUGACAAGGCACCUUGCGGGUUGACUGAUACAGUGGAAAAUGUGGCCCAUAUUUUGCACUGUGCUGCUCGUACCAACCUGACAUUGUCCGACACAACGGCCAUGAUACUAAUUGAAGAGCUGAUGAUGCACCUGAACUCGCUGAUCAAAGAGCUGUCCACGGCGAACUUCAAGGAGGUGGCGGCCGAGUUUCAGGAGAUCUUUGGAAAGCCAGACUCUCCGUCUCUGACCCAGAGCCACCUGGACGACCCAGACUUCAUCAAGCUCUGGUUCAAGGUGAAGCUGAUGCCCCUCCUGCCUGAUGUGCCCAUUGAGCUCCUCUCCUGCCUCAGCACCAAGAACUUCUCAUGCCCCGUCUACCAAACCAUUGUUAGAGCACUUAGUGAACACAUGAGAUUCAUGCAUGCUGACCCGAAGCACAGUCAUAACAUGUACAACCACUUCAUCUUUCCCUUUCUGCUGCAUCACAACACAUCAGACCCUCAGUGUCUCUCAACAACCAAUCAUAGCGCAGAAUGGCUGAAGAGGAACUUUGGUUUCUUCUCAACAUUUGCCCCCAUCACAGACUUCUACAUGCUCAACAGAAACUUCUCUGCACUGGAGGCUCUUCCCGUACUGACACCGAAGCAGAUGGCAGAGCUGCUGCUGUUGCCUCUUCCGACUCCUUCACAUGUUGUUAUCAACCAAGUGUUUGACUUCCUGAUGGAGUCCCAUGGAGAUGGGAAGCUUGAGGAGGUCCUGCACUUCCUGGCAAAGCUUGCUGAAGAGGUCACUCCACCCUGCCAUGUCUACAGACAAAUUUUUGAGCGACUGUACAGAGCCGUAUCAUCUGUGCCUGCUGACAUGGAACCAGUCAUCUGGGCUGGCAUAGACAACCUGAUCAGUGUUGCGCCCGAAGAGUGUCUGCCAGAAAACGUCACGUGCCCAGUAACCACGUUCAAUGGCACUAACAUCUGCAGAGGAAUCAACAGCUCUGAUUUACACGCUCACUUGAACACAUCGAUGAACGUUCCCUGUCACUUUACCUUGGAGGAAUAUGCUUGUGCACAGCUGGACAACUUCAGCGCCCAUCAGCUGGUGUCUCUCCUGAAGUGUAAUCUGCCCGGAAACAGCAGCCACUCCACAAUAUUGUGGAAGAUGCUGCUCACCAAGGUUUCGUCUGUCUUGGAUCCAGCUCUGGACAUCCUGGCGAACAUGACCAUGCCUCCUCCAUCAGCGUCACAGAUUUUGGAUGUGAUUGGAGAGAUCAGGGUGUUGAUGCUGACCGAUGAGCAGCUGAGGAACAGCAGUGUCGUCGCAAAGUGGUUCUCCGGCCGUCUGAGAGGGUUCCUGCCGUCUGCGUCUGGAAGGUUCCUGCACUGUCUGAGCCGCAGGAACAUCAGCUGUCAGUCCUACCAGCAAAUACUGCGGGUAUUCAGCCAUCAGUUUGACAACAUGACCUUACAUCAGCAGCACGUGGUCUUAAAGAGCUUCGUCCUGCGUUUCUUGUCUCAUCCACUCUCAGGUCCAGGCUGUGUGUCGGGAUCCAACAGCAGCGCAGAGUGGCUGAAGAAGAAUCUGGGUCCAUUUUCAGUGUUUUUGCCCCUCAGAGAGCUUCUGCUUCUCAACCCACAAUUCAACCCUCUGGAGGUCCUUCAGUUGCUGUCUCCAAAGCAGAGUGCAGAGCUGCUGGUGUUGACUCUAAAUACUCUUCCAGAGAAAGAAGACAUCAUCAAUCUGCUGUUUGAUUCCCUGACUCAGCCAUCUCAGGAGAAGAAACUUCCUGAGUUCCUGUCGAGCCUCGUCAUGUUCCUUCAGAGGGGAAAUCUUUCCUGUUCAGCAUACAAAACACUGUUUGCCAGAUUGGACUUGGCCCUGACUACAGUUUCUCCUGAUAUAGCGUCAUCCAUCACCUACAACAAAAUUGACUUAUCCAAGCACAUACCGCCUGGUUGCAUCAUAUACAAUGGAGAGUGCAAAGUCACCAUGAUUAAUGAAACCAACAUUUGCAUUGGAGUGAACAGCACAAUGCUGCAGCAGCACCUAGACAGCGGGAAGAUGAACGGACGUCUCUGUCACUUUGGUGUUGAGGAAUUCGCCUGUGCCGAGCUGUCAGCUUUAAAAGCCGAGGAUCUGGCAGAGAUUUUAAAGUGUAAUCGCACAUUCAGCUCCAGUGGCUCCAGACCCGUCUGGAAGCUUCUCCUCUCUAAAGCCUCUCAUGUGCUGGAUGAAGCUCUUGAUCUUCUAGCCAACAUGACACUGGACCCCAGAAACCCUGCACUGUCGAUGGUUUUGGACUCAAUACGAGAAAUCAGACUGGACACCUUCAACAUGGCCCUCCUCAAUGAUCCUGCCUUCAUACAGCUGUGGUUCAUCCGUAGGCUUCGCCCGUUCCUGCCUGCUGUUUCCCCUGACUUCCUGUCAUGUCUCACCACGAGAGGUUUGAGUUGCAGAACCUACCAACACAUUGUGCAGAUUUUGAGCCAUCUUAAGCCGCACAUGACGGUCCCCAUGCAGAUGACUGUCUACACACACUUCAUGAAGGUUUUCCUGACCAGGAGCAACACAGCUGACCCGAGCUGCAGCUUACACAGUAACAACAGUGGAAUCUGGCUGCAGAAGAACUUGGGAGCUUUCUCUGCUCUCGUGUCCUUCCACGACAUACAGAAGCUCUACCCCGACUUUUCAGCGAUGGAAGCAUUACCACAGCUGACAGUCAGACAGCUGGCUCAGGUGUCCUCCACACCAGGUCAGCUCACCUCUGCUGCCCAGGUUGAUAUGGUGACGAAGCAUGUCCCCGACAGACUCCUGUCAGCCUUCUUUGAUGACUUCUCACCUGCUAUCAUGGGUCAUCAAAAUAAAAUCCCCUCUGUGGUGAGGUCAGCCAUGUUACAAGUCGUGUUUGAUCGUGCAAACCUGUCAAGUCACUCCGUGGGUGAUUCAGUUGUUUUGGGGUGGCUCCACAAUCGGCUGCGCCCCCUGCUGGUCGAGCUGUCAGCAGACCAUGUUGCGCCAUUCUUCAAAAUACUGGCAGGAAGAAACUGCAGCAUCGAGCAGCAGGGUGUGUAUGACCUGAAUGGGACGAUCUCAACUCUCGGUAUGAGAACGCAGAAAGAAAUCCACAAUCACAUCGUUAAGUCUCUCAAAGGACCAUCGCCUCUCCGUUGCUAUGGUGACAACUUCAACCGCAGUUUCUACGGAUACCUGAAGGGUUCAUUCUUGGGUUUUGAAUUCCCCAAACUGACCACCUUCCUGUCCCUCAUGCCUCCCAACAAAACGCAUCAGUUGGUGAACUCCAUGCCUCUAUCCGAUCUUGGGGAUUUCCUCCGUCGUCCUGACAUUGUCGACAACGAUGAACAGCUCUGUGUGAUUUACAAAAACUACAUGAAGACACAAGUGUUCCUGGAGAUGGAGGCUCUUCCGGCAGCGGUGCAGCGGCCAACGCUACCUUGCGUCUGGCCCAUGGCUCUCAGUAGCUCCGAGAGGUCAGAGGUCAAUGCCUGGUUUGACAAAAGCCUCAAAAACGACAUAGUCUUCCUCACAAAGAGUCUGCUCAGCUCCAACACCACACAAGGCGCCUCCUGCGUGGCCUUCCCAAAGUUCGUCUUAGUUCUUGGUGUGCACAACUACACUGCUGCAGACUUUGUGGAGCCAGAUGUGUACAGCACCAUCAGGUCCUACCUCACCUCAGUGACGGUGCCAAAAUGCUACAAUGCAAGUGACCCAGAACUAAACUCAACGGCCUGGUUUGUUGAAUACAUCGGCCCUUUCAUGCCUUAUCUCACUCUGGAGGAUCUUCAGUCAUUUGGAUCUGCAGAGGUUAUCCAGGUGUUCACCGUGAACCCCUUGAACAUCGCCCUCCUCAACCACAGCGUCUUACCUCUCAACCUCACCAACUACUACACAGAGCUGAUAUAUCAAGAGAACAGCAAUUUCAACCCCUUACUUCUUCCUCUGUUGUGUCGGUGUGUUGCUCCCGGGCCAGCCUUCACUCAGCUGACUAAAGAAGAGAGUAUGGUCGUUCUGUACAACCUGACCAAUGUCUGCACAGACCUGGACCCACAGAUUUCUGCUGCUUUGGCGAGUAACCUCGGUGAAGACAUUGAUUCCACGGCCAUUACUGCCCUCGGCAACGAAAGCACCGGCAUUUCCACUGGCCAGAUCAAGGAAAUCAAGCCUCAGGACAUACUUGCUUCCCUCGCCAUCCUUAGCAAUGUGAUCGGCUGGAAUGAAGGUCAGGCCAGGGCCAUCAUCCAGAUUCUGAUGUCUUCAGGGAUGAUGCAGAUCAACAGCGCGUCAUCAUUGUUUACGCUGGGCUCUCUUGUUACGGGCGUACCAACGACAACGUUCACCAGCAUCAGCAGCAGCCAGCUGAUUCUCGCAGGCCAGAACCCAUCGUUCCUGUUUCACAUGGUGUCCGCUCCGGUGGUUGUCCAGCAGACCUUUGUUACUCAGAUCAUAGCCACGAACACUAACAGUGAGGUGAUCAUAGACAACGUUCCUGAUGAACUGGCCACUGAGAUCCCCCCUUCUCGGCUGCUUGGCUUCACAAGUAGUAGUAGUACCACCAUUAUUAAAAAACUCAACAAGAAGAAAUGGAAACGGCAGCAGGCUUCGUUGUUCUUUAAUGUGAUCGGUGGGGAAAGUGCCACCACUGCGCUGGGAAGUGCAGACGAGUUGUCAUCCUCUGUGCUGCAAGGGUUCACCUGUAUUGGAGUAAGGACUAUAAGAAGGGUGCAGAUCAGAAGGCUGAUCAGAGCUUGUCGGAGGAGACGCACGAGGAAGGUUACACUGGUGGAGACUCAGCUGACCUGCAUGUACAACUACAUCAGAAACGAAACAGACGCCACCAGCUUUGAGCUCUACCCUCCAGACAUGCUGAUGUAUUAUGACUACUCCUUGGUGCCACAGGCCAGCUGCAGGUCCUACUUUGAACAGCUGGCAGAUGCAGACUUCUGGAUCUUCUCCAGGGCUCUCGGAUAUAAACGGACUGCUCUGUUUAACAACGCUAGGAGCUGUCUGGGUAUCAACAGCACGAGUUUGACUGAGGAUAAUAUAUCAGUUUUGGGAAACAUGUGCUGUGCUCUGGAUGGGUCCUACAUUGAGAACUCUGACCCGUCCAUCUUGGAAAAACUCAAGAACUGCCCUAACCUCAAUUAUAAUCAGGGUGUUGCUGUUCAGUCUCUGCUGCUGAGCGGGAAAACACCGUACGGAGUCUCAUCAACAUGGACUUUGCAAACUUUGAAGGACCUUGAUAUGUUACCGCUGUAUUUGAAAACAACCUUCUAUGAUGAAUUUGACAAAAGAACGAAGCGGAGAUUCAUGAGGUACUUCAUGAGGAUUCUCAGGAGGAACAGAGUGAGCAGAUACAAGAGGAGGCAGUUGAGACGUCAAAUUAGAGCAUCACUUAGAAAGAGGUCAAAGCGAUCUACAGUAAACGAGUGCACCGUAGGAAAUAUCACCCAGGUGACCAUCAGUGAUGAGGCGUUCCCCUUCGACUACGACGAAGUCAGCCAGUUCAACUGCUGCCUGAGUGCCACGGUCGUCAAAGAUAACUUGGCUGCCAUCACUGAGAAGGUGGACGAGGAGGAGUAUCUAAAGAUUGUUCUCACCAAGCUGCAUGAGGGGUACUCAGGCAUCUCAAUCCCAGAGGAUCAGGUUCAACUCUUAGGAGCAGCGUCCCGCCUGGCCACCGUUAAUGACAUCAAUCUAUGGACUAUCACCAAGAUCGACACGCUCUCUGCUUUGAUGGACUCGUCCAAUGGAGAGUGGGACCCGAGCCUGGCGAAUGCCAUCAUCUCCAAGUAUCUGAGUAAAGAAGGGAACAAACUCGGCAGCGCAGAGAUCAACGUCAUCGGAGGAGUCAACCUGUGUUCCCUGGACGCUGACGUCCUAAAGAAUAUUUCCCAAGAAAGCCUGAAAGAUGCCGACGCACUGACAGUAUCCAACUGCACCCUGGAGAAAAAGAAAGAACUGUUCAGCAUCGCCCAACUAGCAUUUGCCGACAGCACCCGCUCAACUGUCUCCCAGACCUCCUACCAGCUCACACAACCAUACCUCGGCGGUGCAACAAAUGCUUAUGUCAGAAGUUUGGUGGCCUCCGACGUCAACAUGGAAAUGGAUACUUUCACCAGUCUAGAUGAGAGUGUUGUACAGGACCUCAGUGUUGAUGAUGUUAAAAGUCUUCUUGGCACCAAUCUGCCAGAGUUGAAGUCCUAUGAAAACGAAACAGUGGUACAGAACUGGAUCACCAGCAGGUUCCAGUCAGAGCUUGAAACGCUGGGGCUGGGGCUGACAGGGGGCAGGGCUGGCUCGGCCUCAACCACCAAUGCUCCUGCCUCUACCAAGGCUCCUGCCUCUACAAAGGCUCCUGCCUCCACCAAGGCUCCUGCCUCCACCAAUGCUCCUGCCUCUACAAAGGCUCCUGCUUCCACCAAGGCUCCUGCUUCCACCAAUGCUCCUGCCUCUACAAAGGCUCCUGCCUCCACCGCCGCUGCUAAAACCACUCGCUCCUCCCAAACUACCACCAAGGGUAACAAUGGCGCCCGUGUCCGAGCAGACCAGGCAGGCUUGUCCUUCCUUGUUGUCCUCGCAUUCCUCAUCGCCUCUCAGCACUUUGCAGUCCUGUAG